AUUCGAACCGUUCAUUAAUUCUGUUAUACACUGUUAUACACGUGCAGAGAAUUUUGUUUUUCGAUUGAGAUUCUUUUUGGUUUUUCAUUUUUCGUUUUUUAAAUGAAAUUUUUUCCCCGUGUCAUAAUCAAAUCAUGAUUUUAAAUGGUGAUAUUAUUGUACAAAAUAAUAGUGAUAAUGAAAUUGUUAAUAAGAUUCAAAGAAAAGGAAAAAAAUUCAAUUGUCCAUAUGAAGGAUGUGAUGCUUGUUUUGGAAAAAAUAUUCGUCUACAAACACAUAUCCGUAUCCGUCAUACUGGUUAUACACCGUAUGAAUGUCCACAUGAUGAUUGUCAAGCAUCGUUUGCAUGUCAAACCUAUCUAAAUAAACAUUUACGACGACAUGAAAAGGAAACAACAACAAAAUCAUUUCGAAAUAAAUGCCAUAAAUAUUCGUGUAUUGAAUGUCCGGAAUUAUUAUUUCGAAAUAAAACUCAACUAAAACAACAUCAAGCAAAUGUACAUAAUCAAAUGCCAUUUAAAUGUGAACAUUGUGAUCAGGGAUUUAUUUUACGUUCAAAAUUGAAUGCACAUCGUCAUCGUCAUCGUGGCUAUAAAUGUGCACGUGAAAAUUGUGAUUAUCAAACGGAUAGAUGGAGUGAUUUACGUAAACAUUUAGCAAAUGAACAUCGAAAACUUGAAUGUAAUAUCUGUAUGAAAUCAUAUUCAUCAUUAUAUAAUCUACGUUUACAUCGGCAAACAGUUCAUCCGGAUGAAUCAAUCGGACAAAUUGAACCAGAAUUUCAUUGUCCACAUAAUGAUUGUAAUCGAAGUUAUACACGUUUAACAUCUUUACAAACACAUUUACGAACAAAUCAUUGUGAUCCUAAACAUUGUUGUUCGUAUUGUGAUCAAAAAUUUCGUCAUAAAAAAUCAUUGCAAAAACAUUUGGAUCGUUUACAUUCAAACAAUGAUAAUAGUGAUAAUGAUAAUGUGAAACCGGUGGCAGAAAAAAAGACAUCGAAAAUGAAAUUAACUGAAGCUAAAUUGAAUAAAUUACUUCGAAUCAAAUCAUUGUUUGAUGAUAAACAAUCAAUCGAUAUUGAUUGUACCGAAAAUAAUAAUCAAAUCGAUGACAACGAUACAAUCGAUUAUAAUAUUUUAGCCGAAUCGAAUAUUAUGGCCGAUAUGAUGAUCGAACCAAUCAAUAAUAAUGAACGACGAAAAUCUAAACGAAUUAAAAUAAAAUCAAUCAACUGAUUUAUUGAGGAAAACAAAUAAACAACAAUUUUUGACCGAAUGAACUUGAAAUCAUU